GGAUAGAGUUAGAUAGUAUUAUUAAGUCGUGGCAAACAUUGUUAAGGAAUUGUAAUGCAGAAAAUAUUCAACUUAUUCAUUUUUUGCCAUUAUAUAAUGCAGAAAAUGCAACAAAGUUGAUGGAAACUACUAAAUGAUAUACAGUACCCCUUGUUCCCACAAAAAUAACGAUCGAAGCAAAAGGUGAAGAUGAGGCUCCUUUUCUCUCCUUCCUCCUCAGCCAAACAUUCAAUUUUCACUCUCCUUCCUUUCUCUCUUUCACCUUUUUUUUUCCUCCUCAUCUUUUGAUCCAAAGUUAUUACUUUUCAAAUCAAACUAUCAAGUAAAAGCAAAUCAUUAAUCCUAGAAAUCAAAAAAAUAUUUUAGUUUUGGAAUGAAAUUUUAAUCAAAGUAUGAUCAUCAAGUACUAUUAUCAAAGCUAAUUGAUGGAGUAUUUAAUGUGAAAAUAAAAUGUUUAAAAAAUUAGAAAAAUGCUACAUUACAGUAAUCUGUCUUGUCUUGACCAAAAUGACUUGAGAGUCGAGAGUCAUUAAAAACGUUGAAAGGUUCUGUUCAAACACAGUUUUGACUGUUAAUAAAGGCUACCUCCUCCAUGGCCAAGCUUGCUUCCCCUGCGCUCUUUAACUCCACUAGCUUCUUCUUUGACAACGUCGUCCCAAGUCUUCUCGACUCUUGCUCUGCUCCAAUCACCGAGAACCAUGGCCGGAGGCGGUGGCGGCGGCGACGAGUCGAACACAACGCUGGAGCAAACUCCGACAUGGUUCGUCGCCAUCGUCUGCUCCGUUAUAGUCUUCAUCUCCGUCCUCUUCGAGCGCUUCCUUCAUCGUCUCGGCAAGGGGCUCCAGAAGAACAACCGAAAGCCCCUCUUCGAGGCCCUCCAGAAAAUUAAAGAAGAGUUGAUGUUGCUGGGGUUUAUCUCGCUCUUGCUGGUGGUGCUGCAGGGCCCUAUCCAGCGCAUCUGCAUCCCUGAGAGCAUCACGCGUAAGCUGCGCCAUUGCAAAGGAAAUGAUGCGCCUUCCUCCGUUGCCGGCGGUUCCUCCUCCGGCGGAAAUCACGGUGGCGCGCGCAGGUUACUGGCCGGGGGAGGAGAGGUUUCCGGCCACUGCCAUAGCCAGGGAAAAGUUCCAUUGAUGUCGGUUGAGGCAAUUCAUGAACUGCACAUCUUCAUCUUUGUUCUGGCUGUCACUCAUGUCAUGUCCAGCCUCAUCACUAUGGUUCUUGGAAUCAUGCAGAUGCGCAAAUGGAGAAGCUGGGAGGAUUCAAUCCACGAAGCGAAGGGGAACGUUCCUCCAAAGAUCAGAGAUGUACAGAAAUGCAAAUUCACCGUAAAGUGUUUCGAGGGAUUCAGCAAGGAUUCAUCGAUAUUAAGUUGGGUGCAUUCUUUUUUUAAGCAAUUCUAUGGAUCCGUCACCAAAUCGGAUUACAAUACUAUGAGACACGGAUUCAUCAUGACUCACUGUAGAGGAAACCCGGGGUUCGACUUUUACAAAUAUAUGAUAAGAGUCCUUGAAGCUGAUUACAAACAAGUUGUUGGCAUAAGUGGGUACUUGUGGAUUUUCGCUGUGAUAUUCUUGCUGGUGGGUGUCGAAGCUUGGCAUGUAUAUUUUUGGAUAUCAUUCGUGCCCCUUAUUCUUUUGCUUGCUGUUGGCACCAAAUUGGAGCAUGUGAUCGCCGAACUGGUUAGUCAGGUUGCUGAAGGCCACUUGAAAGCAACUCUUUCAGAUAAAUUAUUCUGGUUUAACAAUCCAAGAGUUGUGUUGUUCUUGAUCCACUUCAUGCUGUUCCAAGUUGCAUUUGAGAUUGCAAUUUUCUUCUGGAAACUGACAACAUAUGGCAUGGAGUCCUGCAUCAUGGAGCAAGUAGGCUACAUUGUUCCCAGGCUUAUCAUCUGUGUGCUUGUCCAAAUCCUUAGCAGUUAUAGCACCCUUCCACUCUAUGCCAUUGUUACUCAGAUGGGGAGCUCAUUCAACAUGGCCAUAUUUAAUGAGAAUGUGCGAGCUGGUGUUCUCGAUUGGGCCAGAUGUGCAAGGAACAAGAAAGAUAGGAAAAUGAGUGGCGACGGCGGUGAAUCGAACAUGAAGGAAUCGACAGAUGGAAACAAUAAGUUUGAUGAUGGCCACCAGUUGGAGAGAGUUGUUGUGAAGGAAGAUGCUGCAUUGGAAGGUUGAGAUAUUAUCUCAACUACAUCACUACCCAAUAUUAUGAAGCAAAUGAAGACUGCAAAACUUGAUGGAGCAAUCUCAAGAUCAUCUAUUGUUCUCUAUCAGGUAGACUGCAAUAAUAAAUCACUUCCUUGAUAUGUGUCAAUAGAUAGCAUCUGUUAGCCAGGUUUAAUUGUCUUGUGUUAAGUCUUGCUCAUGCACAUUGUUUGUUAUAUAUAAGUUGAUAUUUUUGGCUGAUGACUUGUUAGAUUAAGGAAGUGAGAUACAUGAAUGUUUUUGUCCAUAUAUCCAAGCUUUCUUUAGAUUUUUAUUAUCUUGAUUGAUUAA